UAAUCAGCACAGACUACUUUCCGCGAAAAAUAUAGUAGGUCUCUCGCGUGCAGAGUCAGGCAGAGCCUGUUACCGCCGAAAAAUUGCCGAGAUGAUCCUCUCGAAACUGCUGGACACCCUUUCGCGUACCUGAAACUCGUUAUCAAAAGAUCCAAACGGCACAACCGCAGCGCUCGCUUUUUUUAGUCGUCGCGAGUGUCGUCUACUCCGCGCGACAGUCUACCAUGCGUCUCUCAGCCAACAUGGCCACCGGCAAGGGUCUCGCUGCUAUCCUUCGUCCGAGGAAUUUGAGCCUUAUAACUCGCGGUAAGCCUCAAAAUGGUCAGAAUCAAGCAUCGCCGAGAUGCUCCGACUGCCGGCGACACUAUGCCACGGGCCCGAUGCCUGUCGACUCCUGGAGCGGCAGUUUCAAGGUGCACAAGUAUACUGCUGCAGGUUCACUACAAAGCCAUAGGAAAUUUCACUUGACAAGUGAAACACUCGCAAAGAAGAGUUACUACGAAGUGUUAGGUAUCUCCAGAAACUCUUCAGCAAAGGAUAUUAAAAAAGCCUACUACCAGCUAGCCAAAAAAUACCAUCCCGACACAAACAAAGAUGAUCCAAAUGCCAGUAAAAAAUUUCAAGAAGUCUCAGAGGCUUAUGAAGUUCUCAGCGAUGAGACUAAAAGAAAAGAGUACGACACAUGGGGUGCCACAUCAGAACAAAUGGGAAUGGGAGGAGGUCCUCCACCAGGAGCUGGCAGAAAUCAUGAUACCAGAGACUUUAACUGGCAGUUCAAAUCAACUAUUAAUCCAGAAGAGUUAUUUAGAAAAAUAUUUGGAGAAGCUGGCUUUAAAAGUGGUGGAUUUUCUGAUUUUGAAGAUUAUGCAGACUCCAGAUAUGGCUUUGGAGCUGCCCAAGAGGUGAUAAUGAAUCUGACAUUUUCUCAAGCUGCUAGAGGAAUUAACAAAGACAUCAACAUUAAUGUAGUUGACACAUGUCCUAAGUGUCAGGGAAGUCGGUGUGAAUUAGGCUAUAAACCUAUAAAAUGUCAUUACUGUAAUGGCACUGGAAUGGAGACUAUUAGUACUGGACCAUUUGUCAUGCGCUCUACAUGUAGGCAAUGUCAUGGCACUAGAGUAUAUAUAAAGCAUCCUUGUGGAGAGUGUGAAGGAAAGGGACAAUGUGUGCAGCGCAAAAAAGUAACAGUACCGGUGCCGGCUGGCGUUGAGGAUGGCCAGACUGUACGAAUGGCUGUUGGCAACAAAGAGAUCUUCAUAACAUUCCGCGUGGAAAAGUCAAAGUACUUCCGUCGCGAUGGACCAGACAUUCACACGGAUGCGGACGUCAGCAUCUCGCAGGCUGUCCUCGGUGGUACCAUUCGAAUCGAAGGUGUUUACGAGGUUCUGACGGUACAGAUACGACCCGGUACCUCGUCGCACACGCUUAUACGAUUGAACGGCAAGGGACUGAAAAAGGUCAACACCGUCGGCUACGGCGAUCACUAUGUACAGAUCAAGAUCAAGACACCCACGUCACUGAAUGAGAAGCAACGGGCACUCAUACAGGCUUACGCGGAGUUGGAAAGUGACACGCCGGGAUCGAUACAUGGCAUCACCACGAAAAAGGAUGGCAUGUCGGAGAAAACUCAAGCGAGCGGAGAGAGUCAUACGAGUCAAGGCGAUGGGUUUCUUGAUAGGGUGAAGAGGGCGAUUUUUGGAUAGUCUGUUAUUAAUAGGUACAAAGCAAUGUUACACAGAGCCUUUUGAUCUGAUGGAAUCCAUUCGAGAAGCCUUAACUGAUCAAAAAAUUCAAACAAAGACGAAAUCCUCUACACCAAGUAAUCCAGCUGAUAAACCGCAGGACGUGUCCGACGAUGACGACCACGAUGAAAAGAGCGAACGACAAAAAAUGCCAUAAAUAUAUUCAUAAUCGACCCACAAACUGCUUGGGAACAGAAAAUAUCGAUAUUUGUGGAUGUUAGCGUGCGCAAAUGUCUGAUUGUUAUACAUACGUACAAGUAAUGAAAGCCUCCAAAGAUCUUAUUGUUAUUAUGUUGCCAAAUGAUUUUAUUUCUGGAAAGACGUAAUACCACUUUUAAUGAAUAAUCGAUGAGCAGCCAUUAUUUAUUACUAUUGAUCGACCGCUGUAACAAUUGUGGAAUUGUAAAUUGUAAAAUAAUCUUUCGAUCGUUGAAUAUUAAUAAGACGAUUUUUUCCAGUUUGUACACGCCAGAGUUUCAACGUAUUAAAAAAGCUCUAUUUUGAACCAAUCAACAAUAAAUUUAACUUCUUUUUGAGUUUUGAUUUAUGAUUCAGUAGACUGUCAAGCUUCAAGCUUUUUAAACGGCUGUUCCAUUUAAUCAGUUGAAUACAGAUGAUUCUCUUAUGUAUUACAAUAUCUUUAUUCAGGUGCUUUUAUGAUCAAAUAAUAAUUAAGAAGGUAAAAAAGGAGUAGACUGGGCAUCGCUUUUUUAUCUUCGUUUUUGCUUACUAAAUUGAAAAGAACACCUUUUUGUUAACAUCGUGUAUGUUGUAUACAACUUGUUCCCUAAAAACUCGUCAAGAAUCUUCGAUCCUUUAUUUCAAUGGUGGAAUGUGUUAUAUAUUUAGUUACAUAAAUCAUAGGCGUCAAACAUCUGUACAGUUAACUUUUUGUUAUAAAAAUCAUAGAAAAUAUGAUUUGAACGAAUAAAAUAUGUUAUUCAAUUA